UGCAGUGGAAAUAUCAAAUAUCUGUUGACAGGUAUACUCUAAAAUAACCACCCAAAGGAUAACGUUCUCUUCAACCUCCCAAUUCAAUUCAAUCCAAUAACCCACAACCCACCACCACCAUCAUGUUCUCUUACACUCUAAACCCACCACCACCACCCACCACCCAUUUCCUCCACACCCCCUUCCUCUCACCACCCCUCACCACCCUAACCCCCCACCACAAACCCACCAAACUCCACCGCACCACCACCUCCGCCAUCAUCAUCCCCUCCUCCUCAAACCCACCACCCAAACCCAACCCACAACAACAACAACAACUACAAAAACUCUACCAACCCUUUCGCCCACCCCCCUCCCAAUCCCCUAUCCCACCCAAAUACCGCAAUCUCGACACCCCCGCCCGCCUCGAUGUUCUUACUAACCGUCUUGGCGUCUGGUAUGAGUAUGCUCCACUCAUACCACCGCUUAUUCAAGACGGGUUUGACCCCUCUACACUUGAAGAGAUUACUGGGAUAAGUGGUGCUGAGCAGAAUAUACUUGUGGUGGGUGCUCAGGUUCGCGAGUCGUUGGUUCAGUCGGAUGUGGAUUCUGAGAUACUUGAGUUUUUUGAUAAGGGUGGUGCUGAGUUGUUGUAUGAGAUUCGGUUGUUGACGAAUAAUCAGCGGGCGGAUGUCGCCAAGUAUAUGUUGGAGAAUAAGUUUGAGCCGAGUGAUGCGCAGGAGCUCGCGAGGGCGAUUAAGGAUUACCCUCGUCGACGAGGUGAUCGUGGGUGGGAGCGCUUCGAUUACACACUUCCUGCCGACUGUUUGGCGUUUAUGUACUACAGACAAGCACUUGAGUAUCGGGAAUCCGAGUUGAGGUUAUCCGCAUUGGAAAAGGCUUUGUCUGUGGCGGUUUCAGACCGAGCAAAAGAAUGGAUUACAAAGGAAUUGGAGGGAAAGAUCAACGAGGGAGAAGGUCAAGGAAGAGGCGGGGGUGUAAUCGACGGAGUUAAAGUCCCGGUGGUGAGAUUAAACCUGGGUGAGAUCGCGGAGGCGACAGCUGUGGCGGUCUUCCCGGUUUGUAGUUCCGAGGAUAAGAGUAAAGGGGUGGAGGAGGCGCCGUGGGAGUAUCGGGGUAAAGGGGGUUUCGGCAUUGUGGAGGCGGAUAAAGGGUGGAAGAGAUGGGUGGUGUUGCCGGCGUGGGCCCCGGUAAUGGGGGUGAAGGAAGGGGGAGUGGCGGUGGCGUUUUCGGACGGUCGGGCUUUGCCGUGGAGGGUGAAUCGGAGGUAUAAGGAGGAGUCGAUAUUGGUGGUGGCGGAUCGUGGGCGGAACGAGGUUACCGAAGACGAUGGAUUCUUUUUGAUAUCGAGUGAAGAUGAGUUGAAGCUUGAGAGAGGAGCUACAUUGAAGGAGAAAGGAUGUACGGAAUGUCUUGGAAGUGUGGUUAUUGUUGUUAGGCCACCAAGAGAAAGUAAUGAUGAUAUUUCUCCAGAGGAGUGGGAUUAGAACAUUAGCAGAUUCUGAUGAUUGAUUUUGUUUUUUUAAGGUUGUUCAUGUCGUUGGAAUGGUCGGGAGAUUAGUGUGUAUUGUGUUGCACUUGAAUCUAUGUCAGAUUCACUUCAACACAUGCAUUAUAAUGUUAUUGUUUACAAACACUUUUAGCAAAAUGCCUUGCAAUAUUAUUCACUUCAACCAGUAUAGGUUAAAGGUAUUAUAGAA